GGCUGCCGGAGUGGGUGUGUGGGGGCCGCCGGGAGCGACUGAGUCGGCGGCUGGCAGCUGAGCGGGGUGCGCAGAGGCUGCGCCUGCUCCUCAGCAGCCCCAGGGCCAGCCGGGAGACCCUAGCGCCCCUGCUCGCGGGCCUCCGCCCCCUCGCGGGCUCCGCCUCCUUCCCUCACACACCCCCAGUGCCGUCCGGGCCGCAGGCCUUCCCGGCGCUGCUGCUCCUCCUCCUCUUCAGACGCGUUCCGACCCGGGUCUUGCUGCCGGCAGCCGGCCUUGCUCCCCGUGGGAGUCUUUCUCAGGCGUUCCUUUCUCAUAGACCCACACCACACCACACCACACCACACCACACCACACCACACCACACCACACCACACCACACGCCCGGCACGCGCCUUCGCUGGCCGGGCCGCCCCCUUCUCGCCAGCACUCCCCAUCCUUGCUAACACCGCCGCCGGGGGAGGAUUGAUGUCCCUUCAUCAUGCAGCCGCCACCGAGGAAGGUAAAAGUUACACAAGAACUGAAAAACAUUCAAGUUGAGCAGAUGACAAAACUUCAAGCCAAACAUCAAGCAGAAUGUGAUUUGCUGGAAGACAUGAGGACGUUCAGUCAAAAGAAGGCUUCUAUUGAAAAAGAGUAUGCACAGAAUAUGCAGAAGUUGGCUAGUCAGUACCUGAAGAGAGAUUGGCCUGGAAUAAAAGCUGAUGAUCGGAACGACUACAGGAGCAUGUAUCCUGUUUGGAAAUCUUUUCUCGAGGGAACAAUGCAGGUAGCCCAGUCUCGGAUCAAUAUAUGUGAGAACUAUAAAAACUUCAUUUCUGAGCCUGCAAGAACAGUGAGAAGCUUAAAAGAACAGCAACUAAAAAGGUGUGUGGACCAGUUGACAAAGAUCCAAACCGAAUUACAAGAGACAGUGAAAGAUUUAGCUAAAGGUAAAAAGAAGUACUUUGAGACUGAACAGAUGGCUCAUGCAGUACGGGAGAAAGCUGACAUUGAGGCAAAAUCUAAACUUAGCCUUUUUCAGUCAAGAAUCAGUUUACAGAAGGCAAGUGUAAAGUUGAAAGCCCGGCGUUCUGAGUGUAAUUCUAAGGCUACACAUGCAAGGAAUGAUUAUCUUCUUACACUAGCCGCAGCUAAUGCACAUCAGGAUCGCUACUAUCAAACAGAUUUAGUAAACAUUAUGAAGGCUCUUGAUGGAAAUGUGUAUGACCACCUCAAGGAUUAUUUAAUAGCCUUCAGCCGAACGGAGUUGGAAACAUGCCAAGCUGUGCAGAAUACAUUCCAGUUUUUAUUAGAAAACUCCAAUAAGGUGGUACGGGACUAUAAUCUUCAGCUGUUCUUACAAGAGAAUACUGUAUUUCACAAGCCCCAGCCAUUCCAGUUCCAGCCUUGUGACAGUGAUACUAGCCGACAAUUAGAAUCGGAAACUGGGACCACAGAAGAGCACAGUCUAAAUAAAGAAGCUCGGAAAUGGGCCACGCGUGUGGCACGUGAGCACAAGAACAUUGUUCACCAGCAACGGGUUUUGAGUGAUCUGGAAUGCCAUGGAGUUGCCAUAUCAGAACAAAGCCGAGCAGAGCUGGAACAGAAAAUAGAUGAAGCUAGAGAAAAUAUUCGUAAAGCAGAGAUAAUUAAGUUGAAAGCUGAAGCCCGGCUGGACCUGCUAAAGCAAAUCGGUGUUUCUGUGGACACAUGGCUGAAGAGUGCCAUGAACCAAGUAAUGGAAGAGCUGGAAAAUGAGCGAUGGACCCGCCCUCCAGCGGUGACCAGUAAUGGCACCUUACACCCGCUGAAUGCAGACACCGAAAGAGAAGAAGGAGAAGAGUUUGAAGACAACAUGGAUGUUUUUGAUGACAGCAGUUCCAGCCCUUCUGGCACCUUAAGAAAUUACCCACUCACCUGCAAAGUUGUUUAUUCCUACAAGGCUUCUCAACCAGAUGAGUUGACCAUUGAGGAACAUGAGGUGUUAGAAGUGAUUGAAGAUGGAGAUAUGGAAGACUGGGUAAAGGCUCGAAAUAAAGUUGGCCAAGUGGGUUAUGUGCCAGAAAAGUACCUACAGUUCCCCACCUCGAACAGCCUGCUGAGCAUGCUGCAGUCCUUGGCCGCUUUGGACAGCCGGUCCCACACAUCCAGCAAUUCCACAGAAGCAGAACUCAUCUCAGGCAGCCUCAACGGAGAUGCCAGUGUCUGUUUUGUGAAAGCACUUUAUGAUUAUGAGGGCCAGACAGAUGAUGAGCUGUCUUUUCCUGAGGGGGCUAUCAUCCGCAUCGUGAACAAAGAAAACCAAGAUGAUGAUGGCUUUUGGGAAGGGGAAUUCAGUGGAAGGAUUGGAGUUUUCCCAUCGGUGCUAGUAGAAGAACUUUCAGCCUCAGAAAAUGGUGACACUCCCUGGAUAAAAGAGAUUCAGAUCUCUCCUUCCCCCAAGCUGCACACCUCACUGCCUCCACUGCCACUGUAUGACCAGCCUCCCAGCAGCCCGUACCCCAGCCCAGACAAGAGGGGUUCCCAGUACUUUCCUCGGUCUCCUUCAGCAAAUGAAAACAGCCUCCAUGCAGAAUCACCAGGAUUCUCACAGGCAUCCAGGCACACUCCAGAGACCUCAUAUGGCAAACUGCGACCUGUCCGGGCAGCUCCUCCUCCACCUACGCAGAACCACCGAAGGCCUGCAGAGAAGAUUGAGGAUGUGGAAAUCACACUGGUGUGAUGAUGGGCUUUCCCAUCUGUUACUGCUACAAUCAAGGCCAGGCUGAGAGCUUGGCCAGUCUUGUUUUUUAGGCACCUUUGCAUGAUGACUCUUGAACAGAGUGAAAACAAGGAGGAUUAUAAGUGACUGGGUGGUCUGAAGAACUCCUCCCAUGUUUUGGAUAUUUUGUGCCUUUUUGUUGUCAUUUUGUAUGUCAUCUCUUACCACAGCACAAAUCUUGUGGGCCCUAGAAGCAGAGAGGGGGCAGCCCUCAUGCCUACCAGUGGUCCGUUUUUAUAUGAGACUCAAGACCAGGCCUUGUUCAGGGCACACAGAAUUACUGAUCAUGUGCACUCGUACAGUAUAUUACUGUGGCCACAAAGAUGUGGCAGAUUCUCAUCUUUCUUCAAGUGGCUUUUGCUCAUCUGAUUAAGUAGUAAUCAGAUCAAGUUGGCUACAUAAGGAAACAUAAGAAAGGAUUUCAGGAGAGGCUGGCUCCUCCCCGAAGUUAGUCCCCAGACUAAGAAAGUGAAAUUUAUUGGGGGGAAAAAAAAGGCGAACUGUUCUGAGUUUAGCGCCAAUUGCAUUAACGCACAUCUCUUCCACAACUAACAGAUUUAAAAGAACAGUGUCCACUUUGUAUUAAUAUUAUGCUGUUCAUUUAGUAUUAAUGGAGGUAUUAUGAGGGGCUGAACCAAGAGCUGCGUCUUGUCCAUCACACAGACUAAUAAAAGCAGAAACGGAGCUUCCAGGCCUGAAAUGGGCCAAUUUAAUGUCCUCUUUAUAUUUGGAUAUUUUUCAUUCUAAAUUUUGCAGUAUGCAUUCUUCUGACCAGCACCUAUAGAAUCUGAAUGCCCAGAUAAAUUGAGGGCACCAACCCCCAUCAUUGAGCUUCUCUACUAGGAAGACCCUUGACACUGUUGGCCCACAUGGCUGGGUUGUAGCUUGUCCAAACCAGCUGACACUCUUGGAAAAUAUAACUUCUGUAUCCCACUAUCGUGACAUGCCUUUGGGAGGAAGAACUUGUGGCCCAUGGAGGAAACCUGCUUUCCAAGAGAAAGGAAGAUGGGAUUGCCCAUGCUGCAUAGUUGCAGAAUAACACGGAAACACGAGUGUCUUCUGUCAGGGAGAACCGAGAAUGUUACGCUUCGCAGCCCAGUGAGCCUGCAGCAGCAAGUGCCCCACACCAGGGCCCUGGCCCUCCACCCCCGUGCAGCAUGGAAUGUGUCAUCUGUGAACUACAGGAAGUUCAGCUGUUACUUUUUUAAAAAUUUUUGUUAAGAAAUCAAAUUUACAGAAUUUAGCCCAAAACUUCUAUCAUCCUUUAAAAACUGCAUCCCUCCUAAGAAUCUUUAAAAAAAAAAAAAAAACUUGAAAUGCUCGCCAAACGUCCCCAUGGGAUUUUGAACCAAAAGUAAGGUCAACGUGGAACAAUUUUUCAGUUAGUCAUGUGAUCACUUUAGUGAUAAUACCUGAUGAUGAAUCUUCUACAUGAUUUUAGUGAUUUUUUGUUGUUGUUAUCUUCAUUUCUUAACCUGUUGAUCUAUUUGAGGUCUUUUGUGUUUAUCAAACUUAUUCUUAAGUUUAAAAAAGAAAUUAAGGUGUGGUUCUUCAAGAUUUUAAAGUCUGCUGACAUGUGCUCAAUCCACAGAACAGUUCUUGCCACCCAGUCCUGUGCUUUCCUGUCAGCUAGCCAAACUGUCUUUGAAUCUGGGUUUCCCAUGACCUCAGAGCAGUAUUUGAAAUCUUUUGUUAGAUUUUAAAAUACUUUUUGGAAGAGCUGCUAAUUUUAUUUUAAAAAAAUAAAGUUGUAAAAAUAUGCGUCCUUUUUGGAAAGUAAGCCCUCCCUCCAGGACACAUAACCCAGCAUGGCAGAGCACGGGCAGUGCUCAGAGGGCCUCUUUACAGGCGCGCUUUCUUGCCGUGGCUGUAAAAAGUUUGUAUUUAUUAUAUAUAAAAUGUUGAAUAAUAAAAACAUGCAAUUAUG